CCCCGCUCCCGCCCGGCCGGAGCCCUCCCGUCCCCCGGCCCAGCCCCGCUCCCGAAGGGCGCUGCGGAACCGGCUCGGUGCCGGCUCCCGGGGCUGACCGAGGGCCCCCCGUCCCUUACCGGCAGCGGCGGGCGGGCGGUGCCUCCUCAGGGGAAGGGGCAGGGCGGGAAGCGCGGCCGGGCCGCGGCCACGGGCCCGCCGGGGGCAGGAGGGGCCGCUCCGCCCGCGCCAGCGCCGCCCGGGCCGGCGGGAGGGAGGGAGCGGCGGUAAUGCAGCGGGGCCGGCAGGAGGAGGAGGAGGAGCUGGACGAGGAGGAGGAGGAGGAUGGUGAUGGCGGCCCGGAGAGCGCCCUGGAGAAGAGCCCGUUCCAGCUGACGGCCGCCGAUGUGUACGACAUCUCGGCCGUGGUGGGCCGGGACCUGCUGCAGCUCCGCGCCGGGCCCGAGCUCCCGGCCGCCCGCGCGCGGCUGCAGUUCAGGAUCGUGCGGGUGCUGGAGAUGCUGGAGGCGCUGGUGAGCGAGAGCAGCGUGGCCGAGGAGCAGCUGCGGCGGGAGCGGGACAGUCUGCGGCGGGAGCUGGAGCAGCUGCGGGCGGCGGCGGCCCCAGGCAGCGCCCCGCAGGUCAGCCUUGGACCAGAUAAAAUGGUGAUCGACCUCACAGAUCCCAACCGGCCACGGUUCACUUUGCAGGAGCUCAGAGAUGUGUUGCAAGAGAGAAACCAGCUGAAAGCUCAGCUUCUGGUGGUGCAAGAGGAGCUACAGUGCUAUAAGAGUGGGAUCAUCUCACAGAGAAAGGACCAAACUGAAGAACUGGAAAAAGAAAGCAGUGCUGGCACCAGCAAGGACAGUGAGGAGAAGACAAUCAUCAAACGGCUGUUUUCUUUUAAACAUGGAAAAUGAGCAUCCUCAAGGACUCCUGCUGAGCACAGCACUGAUGAGGGAGGAGACAAGGGCUGGGAGAAGCAGCACCACUCCUGCUGCAGAGAAUGAGCAACCUCAUCAAAAUUGUGUUGUAUAAUAUUCUUUCAGAAUAGUUUUUACUCUGCUUUUUCAGAAACUGUUUAAAACAGACACUUUUUGUAUUUCUUAGAUUCCUGUCAGAUAUUACCCACGUGUAGAAAAUAAACCUUUAUACACAGGUGGGGUUUAUUCUUA